UAAACAUCCUAAUAACCUUUACACAUAGCUAAUAUUCACUGUACAAUACCUGAAAUAAACGUACAUAAUUCAUAUUCAAUAGAAACCAUAAUAAUGAUCUAGGGGGAUCCUGCAGGAGAGCCCUGUAGACUUGAGAGACUGUACCUGAGGGGACUUUAGGACUGUACAGAACCACGUUCUGUACCGGGACAUGACAAACAUAACCUAUACUUACUUGCCCCAAGCCCUAUACAACUGCCUUUCUGAUGACCCCACUUUCUGGCUACUCUCAGCUACUUCCUGUGACUUGUUGUCACUGCAGGAUCUUGCCACUCAGUUAGUGAUUGGCUGAGCAGAUCAAUCACUGUAACUUCGCUCAUCUCUAACCUCAACGGAACCAGGAAAUAGCAAGCAGGGCAGUGGAGCCACAGGGGAAUAAGGUGGGUGUAACUCAAAGAACUGGACAAAGUUUCUUUAUUAAAGUUCCAUAUUUUUCCGUAUGACCAAUUAUGGCAUGUCUACAUGACACACGUACUCCCUCACCCUCCUUUGCCAGCCUUCUCUCAGAUGGACCAUUUAGACGUCUGGACACUGAUACACCACCUGGCUGCACCCCAGAACAAGAGCUAACCCCCACACAAUGUGUAUUGCGUGAUAUGGUGCGAACAGAAGUCACACUCCCAAAUGAUGAUCCCUCAUCCCCCCUUACACACAGCGUACCCCAAGAUCCACAAGAACCUGAGGACAGAGGUGGUGGGGGUGCAGCAGGUGGUCCUGGAGAUGACAGACCAUGUCGUGCACUUGGAGACAGCCGCAUGCAAUGCCAGGCUGGAGUUGGGUUCUUGGGUGGACUUUUUGGCUGUCUCAGGCCAGUCUGGGCUAUGAUUGGUAAAACUUAUUCAACAGAACACAAGCAACAUGGAGAAGAUCCCUGGGAAGUGCCCUUUGAGGAGAUCCAGGAUCUGCAGUGGGUGGGCAGUGGUGCCCAAGGUGCUGUCUUCCUGGGAAAAUUUCAUGGUGAAGAAGUUGCUGUUAAGAAGGUUAGAGACAUUAAAGAGACAGACAUUAAACACCUCCGGAAACUGAAGCAUCCCAACAUCAUCACCUUUAAGGGUGUCUGUACCCAAGCUCCUUGCUAUUGUAUCCUAAUGGAAUUCUGUGCCCAAGGGCAGUUGUAUGAAGUUCUGCGUGCUGGAAGGAAAGUAACCCCCUCUUUAUUAGUGGACUGGUCCAUGGGUAUUGCUGGAGGAAUGAAUUAUCUGCAUCUCCACAAAAUCAUCCACCGCGAUCUUAAGUCUCCAAACAUGCUGAUCACAUAUGACGAUCUGGUAAAAAUCUCAGACUUUGGUACGUCCAAAGAGUUGAGUGACAAGAGCACUAAAAUGUCCUUUGCGGGAACAGUAGCCUGGAUGGCACCAGAGGUCAUACGAAAUGAACCUAUCUCUGAAAAGGUGGACAUCUGGUCUUUUGGUGUGGUGCUUUGGGAAUUACUGACUGGGGAGAUACCUUAUAAAGAUGUAGAUUCCUCAGCUAUAAUUUGGGGUGUUGGCAACAAUAGUCUGCAUCUCCUUGUACCAUCAAGUUGUCCUGACGGAUUUAAGCUCCUACUACGACAGUGCUGGAACAGCAAACCUAGGAAUCGGCCAUCAUUUAGGCAGAUUCUGCUGCACCUAGAUAUUGCCUCUGCUGAUGUGUUAUCUACCCCACAGGAAACUUACUUCCAAUCACAGGCGGAGUGGCGAGAGGAAGUGAGGCUGCAUUUUGAGAAGAUAAAAUCAGAAGGGACCUGUUUACAACGUCUAGAAGAGGAGUUGAUAUCCCGACGCCGUGAGGAGCUCCGACAUGCCCUGGAUAUUCGAGAACACUAUGAGCGCAAGUUACAGAGAGCUAACACAUUGUAUGUGGAACUGAACUCGCUCAUGCUGCAGCUGGAGUUGAAGGAAAGAGAGUUACUAAGGAGAGAGCAGAAUCUUGAGAAGAAAUUUCCUACCAUUCUGCGUCAACAGCCUCGGCCUUCAAGCACUGUGGAAAAACUUAUUAAAAAAAGAAAUGUUCCACAAAAACUAUCUCCACAUGGAAAGAGACCAGACAUCUUGAAGUCUGAGGCCCUCCUACCUAAAGGGGACUCUGGCUUGUCUCCAUCAACUCCAACUGGCUGCCAGAAAUUGCCUCCUUCUCCUGGACGAGGUCGCAGAGGAAAACCACGUUACCGAAAAGCAAAAGACAUGGUCAACUUGAGGGCAGCCGUGACUCCUGAGCCAACUCCCCAGAGCCAACCACCUCCACGUGACCCACAUCCUUUAUCUUCUUCCAGUCCAGACCUGCUAUGUACCCCUCUGGAGGCGGAGGCUCGUAGAGAGAGCCAGAGUGCAGAAUGCUCUCCAGUUCGUUCAUUACCUGGACCGCCAAGCCCUGAAUCCCCAUCAGGGAAGGCAACUGGAAGUAGAUCAGCUAGAGGUGGACAACACUUGACGCCAGCAGCAAUGCUAUACAGAGCAGCUGUCACCAGAAGUCAGAAACGAGGUGUAUCAUCAGAGGAGGAAGAGGGGGAGGUGGAUAGUGAGCUGGAGCUGGAGAGGAGACAGAGGUGGCAGGCAGAGAUGUCUCAACACCAGUCUCCCAGCUCAGAAAACUUGUCAGAUGGUGAAGAAGGAAACACCACAGAUCUGUCCCAUAGUGUCACCCCAGAUGUGCUCAGCACUAAUACAGAUGAGCGCCCUGAUGAACGCUCCGAAGAUCUUGUUUCUCAAAGCUCAGAACCUCCACUGGAUCUUUUGACCCAGUCUGAUGGGCUCUCAGAGAAAGAGGCCAUUGUCCAGAAGGUGAAAUCUCAGCUCAGCAAUGAACAAACCGCUGGAGAGAAUGUUGGUCUGUACGAUGACUCCGACUGUGACAGCACCGAACUAGACCAAUCGCUGGCUGCAGCGACUUCAUGAUGCCAGAGCAAAGAUACCUCCUGACUGUAUAUAGAGGAAAUAUUUAUAUAAAUAUAAUCUAUAAAUAUAAUACAUAAUAUGUGAAUAGACUGAGCCACACCCCCAGACCUACACUUCCCAACUCUCACACCCAAUGACAACACACACAAUCUCCGCUCACUUAGCAGGGGAUCAAAGUUUGGAUGCACUGGAAAUAUAAGUCUGCACAUCAAAGCAGAGAGAGACUUUUAUGUUCUAAUCCUGUCUGUUCUGUACUGGCAGGUGAGAAGUUAAAGUGCACAGAAUGUAGAUGUUGCCUCUGUUCUGCACACUCCUGCAGGGGGGCGAUGUGGUAUAAUCUCACAAAUUACCUCCAGUGCUCCUUGAACCACAUGUCGGGUCUUUAGAAUGUCACUGUGCAAGCUGAGGUGGUUCAAUCACUGUGUAACUUGGUUAAAAGCACCACUACCCCUAAAAUACAGGGUGAUCCCAAAUGUUAUAUCAUCUGGUAAUAUUCACAAAUUGUUUAGACUAAGUUUGUGAGAUUCGGAAUCAUGUGUCAGAUUUUUUUUUUAUUGGAACAGAGGGUGGAUCUCUGCUAGAAUUGGAGAUAAACUUGAUUUCUCCUUUGUAUAUUAUUAAAAUAGAAACUACCCAACCUGGUACCAAGAUUUCCACCAAUAUCGUCCUUUUCUGAGAAAAUAUCCAUAAAGACUUACUUAUCAUGAUUUCAUGUGGUUUAUCGUGAAGGAACCACAAGAAAAUAGAGAACUAACAGAUAGAUAAAAAUUCCCAAGCAGUGUAAAGAUAUGGUCCAGGUUUAGACACAAUCAUGGGCCCCAGUGGACCAGCAGAAGGCCGCUAGGGUCUGUGGUUAUGUUCACACACACAGUAUUUUGGGUAAAAAAAAAUUGAAGUUUUUUUGAUUAUUGAGUUCAAUGAAAAUCAAUGGAUUUAUGGCAGGUAAUUCACAUUCACUAAAAUUUUACAGCAAACUGUACCUUUUAAUUUCUUUUCCAAGUGUCAAGGAGGUGGGGCUAAGCUGCCACUACCUGGUAUGUCUCCUCGCUCAUCCAUAACUCUUAAGCCCCCUCCUUGAUUGACGUACAGAGGUCUGAAGCACUUAAACAGUAUGACCCCACCUCUUUGACACUUGACUGAGAAAUAAAAACAAAGUUUUAUAAAUUUGGCAACUACCAGUAGCUCCAUGAAAAGGCUGUUUGCUUUUAUACCUUAACAGCUAUCCAGCAGAGUCUGUAGCUGUUAGAAGCAAAUACAGCUGACAGAUUCCCUUUAAAAGGGGUACUCCACUGCUCAGCGUUUGGAACAAAAUGUUCCGAACCCUUAGAGCCGGCAGCUCGUGACGUCAUAGCUCCACCCUCUCAAUGCAAGUCUAUGGGAGGGGGCGUGACAGCCGUCACGCCCCCUCCCAUAGACUUGCAUUAAGGGGGCGGAACACAACAUAAUAAGGGGGCGGAAUUAUGACGUCACUAUCUCCCAGCGCCUUUUUUUUCCCAAAGCUGAUCAGCAGAGUACCCCUUAAAGUGCAGGGUCCUUUUACAGCCAUUUAUGGCUCAAAAGACAUCAGUUUUUGAAGUUUUCUUUUGCAAUUUUUGUUUCAAUCCCCAAAGACAGCUGGUUUGCAAAUUGCAUAAUAACAUUUGCUGUAUAUGAAAAAAAUCCCAAAUGGCAGAAAAUAUUAAUUAAAGCUUUUUUUAAGACUGAAAAUACAGACCAACAAACUGGGUGUAUACAUAACCUUAUCCUUAUAGGUGGCUUCACAGAUAACAUAUAAGACAUUACUGAUAUGUCCUGUAUGUUUCUCUUCUGGGACCAAGGACAUAUGGCAAAGUGUUUUGAAUUUUUAAGUUUUUAGACAUCUAAACGUACAUUUGUGAAUGUUAUUUGAUAAAGUUUAACAGAAAGCACCCUGUAUUUUAGGAUUAAAAGUUCUUUAAAUCCCCUACAUAUGGAUUGCAUACUGUAUAAUAAUUGCCGAGACUUAUCAUUGCAUGGUGUAAUCUUCAGAGUUUCAGGGUCUCGAGACAAUAUCCUAGAAUUUUGUUCUCAACACUCGGAAUGCACUGUAAUCUAAUGGGGUUCAGGUUUGAAAUAUCAUCACUGGAGCUUAGUUACUAAAGGUAAAUUGAGUCAGCGUGUAGUUUCAUUAUAAGAUUUACAUUUAACAUAUAAAUAAGGGUCGCAGAGAGUAAAAUUCUUUAAGUUUGCUAUUUGGGUUUUACUAGUGGAUUGUGUUGAUUCCUUUCUUUAUAUAUCAGUUACAGAAUUUAGAGCUGCAUUUUUGUGAUCUGUAAGGGUGGGUUUACACUUGUGAAGCUCCGGUUUCGAAUCUUCCGUCCGGAACUUCCGAGCCCGGCCAGCGUCAGCACUAGGACCACACAGGUCUUUGCCAUUCCAAUAGACAUCAGUUUCUGCUGAGCAGAUUCAAUGUUCAGGCAGAUUUUUUGGAUUAGAAUUUUCUGUUGGAAAUUCCAAAACCAGCCCCACACGUGUCCUCUGUGUGGUAUUGCCAUCCACCUGGCAGUUAUUUUUUGGAAAACUGCCACUACAGUUGUUGAGCCAAAGCCAGAAGUGGGUCCAGCAGGAAGGAGAAGUAUAAGUCCUUUCUUUAUAUUUCCCAUUCUGUUUGAAUACACUUCUAACUUUGGCUCAAAAACUGCAGUGGGAGCUCUAAAAAAAAUAAAAAUAAAAAAUAAAAAAAUAAAUAAAAAACUACCGAAAAAGCAGCCUGUGUUCUAGAAAGUUGCAUUUUAUGAGUUGAUUAAAAUGCAGCCUAGACUAUGGAUUAGCAUGUUUUAGGAAUAUGCAUUGGGAGGAUAACCCACAUGCUACUUUUGCAUGGAGCAUAUUUUACCUUUAGUAGCUAAGCUCCUAGGUUAUGAGCCUUUUCACAGAAGGUUUCUAUGCAUCAACAUAUCAUAUACUUUACAUAUCACUGCUGCAUUCAAGGGAAGCAAUUCUAAUAAGAUUCAGUGCCAGAUUGGUAUUAGGGAAUUGUUACUACUUUAAAGGAAAUCUGUCACCAGUUUCACCUGCACUAACCUGCCGGUACAGACAAGUAGUGCAGGUGACACUGAUGAC